AUGGCCAACCCCAUUGGCGAAGAUUCCUGGCUGGCUUACCUCGAGGAGAUUGAUCGCAACGCCUCCGACCUCGAGAAACGUGUAAACGCGGUCGAAAUAUACAAACGUGCAGUUAAUUCGGAACCCGGUAGUUUGCGACUAUGGCUUGCAUACUGCAACUACUUCUGGUCCCUAUGGGAGGCCAGCCAGUCACCCACGAGUGGUUGGCCUGAGGAGGAGCAGGUAAUGGGGCGGGAGUUAUUCUCGUUUGGCGCAGCCCUGGACCUCUGGCAGCAGGGUUACGAGGCUGUCAAGUAUCGGCUGGACGAUAGCCAUAAGCUCUGGAAUCGUUGGGUCUCGCUGGAGCUGGAACUCCUUGCGAAAACUAAAACGCCCGAGGGGGUGAAGCGCAUAAGUCACCUCUACCGGAACCGUCUUCUGACCCCCCAUCUCAACUGGGACGAAACAUCGCAAGCGUAUUCGAGCUUUCUGUCGGAAUACAACAAGGCUUCGUGGGAGGAGUCUAUGAGGGAUGUCACACAGAAUGCGCAGGAGGCCAAGCGCUUAAUUGCAGCUCGCGACCCCUUCGAAUUAAAACUCCAGAAAGCUCAACGGAGCGACGACCUCGAAUCUCAGAAAACCGUCAUGUCUGACUAUAUCGAAUGGGAAAUGCGGCAAAGCCGACGGAACAAUGAUCACCCAGAAAUUGGCAUUGAUCUCUGCCGCGGGCUCUAUUCACGGGCACUGACAGGGGUGUUUUCCUCAGACGAAUCUAUGUGGUAUGAGUAUGCUACAUUUCUCUCUUCAUCCUUCUCAGACCCCCGAGCGGCUGAAAUGCUGCUCGAACCUAUUCGUUGUGCCGUCCAGCAUUGCCCCUGGUCUGGCCGACUCUGGAAUCGAUUCAUUCUCACCGCGGAGGAUGCCAGGUUGCCUUUCGCUGAAAUUGAAUCCAUCAAACAUUCAGCGACUAGUGAGGAACAGCUCUACAAAGAUGGCAUGGAGUCCAUGAUUGAGAUGUAUGUUGCGUGGUGCGGAUUUCUCAAAAGGACUGCUAUGGAUGCCGAGGCAGGGGAUGAGGCUGUUGAUGUUGCUGAUGUUGGGUUGCCCGCUGCAUUGGAAGAUGUGGCAGUUACUGGCAAGAGGCGAUAUGGCAAGAACUUCCAAGGCGACCCUAAAUUCCGACUCGAGCGCAUGUAUAUUCAGUACCUUACGGAGAAGAAAGGGGCUAUUGAUGAAGCCAGGGCGCAGUGGAAUAAGAUGGCCAGUCUCCCGAUCCAUGCCGACAACCAUGACUUCUGGUUCCGCUUCUAUAUGUGGGAAAUGCUCAUUUUCUCCUCAAAGCCUCAGACCAUGAGAAGUCCUACGCCAUCCAGUCUGUCUGCUGGUUUCAAGGUGCCGUCCCAAGCAACAUCGGUAUUGAGCCGUGCCGUCGCUCGAAGGAACAUAGAUUGGCCAGAGAAGGUUCUUGAAGUCUACAUACAGCACUGCAAUGACUAUGAACCUCCCAACUCUGUUCGGGUAGCUACAGACAGAGUGUAUAAGGCUGCUAAAGAAGUUCGAAAACGGCGUGAGCGAGAAGAGAGAGAAAAGCAAGAAGCAUACUCGGCAUAUUACGCUGCCCAGGAGGUGAACACGACGGCACCCACAGAGGUUGAUAUUCCGUCCGAUGGUAAGCGGAAACGAGGCGAUGAUCAGCCCGAUACUGAUCAUGAAUCGGAAAGCGCUAGCAAGCGUCAGAAGAAUGAAUCUAUUCUGGAGACGCAAGAUCGAAAGCCCAAGACGAUCGUCAAGAGGGAUAGAGAAAAUACGACUGUCAUUGUCGAGAACCUGCCUGAAGACGUGACCCAACCUCAAAUCCGACAGUACUUCAAGGAAUAUGGACAUAUCAACAGUAUUACCGCAUUGGUAAAGGAUGAGACGAGACGGGCGGCAACGGCUUUGAUCGAAUUCAAAACUGCCGAGGAGGCCCAGUCUGCUUUGCUGCGCAAUGACAAAUAUUUUGGCCAAUCCCAACUUGGCGUUAGGGCUGGCCACGACCUGACGAUUUACGUUACCAACUAUCCACCUGCCGCCGAUGAGGACUACAUUCGCCAGAUUUUCGAAGGUUGUGGAGAAAUUUUGAGCAUUCGUUACCCCAGCUUAGGGGUGAAUACCCACCGCCGGUUCUGCUACGUGUCGUUCCGAGACCAGAAGUCCUCAGCUCGAGCAGUUGAGAAAGAUGGCACGCUGAUUGAAAACAAGUACCGCCUUGUUGCGAAAUACUCGGACCCAGGCAACAAAAAGAAGCGAGAAGGCGCGGUAGCAGAGGGGCGUGAAAUCCAUAUCUCAGGACUGGAGCGGUCAGCCAAGGAGGAGCACAUAUCUGAGGUUGUUUCAAAGUAUGGUAGCGUUAAGCGAGUAAACGUACCCUUGACUUUGGCUGGCAAGAACCGCGGAUUCGCAUACGUGGAGUUUUCGACCAAGGAAGAGGCCGAGAAAGCUGCCGUUGAGCUGCACAACAUCAAAUUCCGCAAUCACAUCCUGGCAGUCGAGAUUUCGAAAGAGAUGAAAGUAAAAAAAUCUACCAAAUCCUUUGGAACUGCAGGUGAAUCGGCGCCAUCACCGGCAUCCGCAACGCAAUCUGAACAUGGUGCUACCGAGGGCAACUCUUCGCGGGAAGCUAUAUCUGCUAGAUCGAUUGCUUUGAUGGGCCUGCCCGACACUGUGAAUGACGCUCGAGUUCAGGCACUUUUGGCGCCCCUCGGAACUGUUGUGAAGCUGGUGCUUCAGCCCAGCCAGGGCACUGCAAGCGUUGAGUUUGCGGAUGCCGCAAUGGCAGGAAAGGCGGCCUUGAAGCUGAACGGAAUGGCAUUUGAAGGCAAUGAACUACGUACAGGAUCUCUGGAGGACUUGCUGCAUGGCAAAUCUGGAUCUAGAGAUACCUCUGCUGCUCAAUCUUCCCGGACUGAGAAACCCGGAGGUCGUGCAGCCAGCCAAUUCGUUCCCUCUUCCAUGGUUCGACGGCCAGGAGCGCAACGACCAGGGCCAAAAAAGGGCCUAGGAUUUACUGGUGCAAAAAAAACCCCGACUGAUUCAACAAGCGGGGUCCCUUCAGAUACAGAGAAGCUGAAAAGCACUGGAGUUUCAAAGGGCAAUGCUGAUUUCAAGGCAAUGUUUUUGGCUUCUUCAACAGUAGCGGCACAGCCUGAUGGUGAUAAAGAAGCAAAAUAA